AUGGCCAUCCACAAGGUUUUGCUUCUUGCCAUACUUGGAAGCAUCUGCCUCUAUGGCACUGUCAUUGCAGCUCGUGAGCUGAACGAUGACUUGUCGAUGGUGGUGAAGCAUGAGAACUGGAUGGCGCAGUAUGGCCGUGUGUACAAGGACGCCACUGAGAAGGCGCGUCGGUUCGAGAUUUUCAAAGCCAAUGUCGAAUUCAUUGAAAUGUUCAAUGCCCAGAAUCAUAAGUUCUGGCUCGGCGUUAACCAGUUUGCUGAUAUCACCAAUGAUGAGUUCAAGACAACCAACACAAACAAGGGGUUCAAGGCAAACGCCAUGCGAGUUCUUUCUACAGGAUUCAGGUAUGAGAAUAUGAGUUUUGAUGUUGUUCCAGCGACGAUGGACUGGAGAGCCAAGGGGGCUGUCACCCCUAUCAAGGAUCAAGGCCAGUGUGGCUGCUGUUGGGCAUUUUCUGCUGUUGCCGCGACAGAGGGCAUUGUAAAACUGAAAACCGGCAAGUUAAUCUCACUCUCAGAGCAAGAGUUGGUUGACUGUGAUGUUCAUGGUGAGGAUCAAGGCUGCGAGGGAGGACUCAUGGAUGAUGCCUUCAAAUUCAUUAUCAAGAAUGGAGGUCUUACCAUGGAGUCCAGCUACCCAUAUACUGCAGCCGACGGCAAGUGCAAGGCUGGAUCCAACAAUGUUGCAACCAUCACCGGCUUUGAGGAUGUUCCUGCCAAUAACGAGGGUGCCCUUAUGAAGGCGGUGGCAAACCAACCAGUGUCCGUAGCUGUGGACGGAGGCGACAUGACAUUCCAAUUCUACUCUGGCGGGGUGAUGACUGGCUCCUGCGGUACUGACUUGGACCAUGGAAUUGCAGCCAUUGGAUAUGGAAAGACUAGUGAUGGCACAAGUUAUUGGUUGAUGAAGAAUUCAUGGGGCACAACAUGGGGUGAGAAUGGGUACUUGAGAAUGGAGAAGGACAUUGCAGACAAGAAGGGCAUGUGUGGUCUUGCCAUGGAGCCUUCAUACCCCACCAAAUAGGAAGAUCACCAAAUGCCACCUAAUCAUGCAUAUGCACAAUUCUCUAAUAAUUAAGGUCCCCAUGUCCUAUGUAUAGUUCAUAUGUGUCUGUAAGUUGUGUACGAUGAUGUAUCUUAUGUCCAUACAUUGUUAUACUUUGUAAAUUAAUACCAUGUGUGAUAUAUUAUAUAGUACGUGAAAA